GUGUAUCGCUCUUCGUCUGUUGUACAUGUGGACAUGCUCCUCUCUCGCAAAGCGGAACUGGGCCAUCCACGAGAGUAUGCACACGAAGAAUCGUAACAGGUUAUUGUUCCCGAAGGUCGUGAAGUUGGUCGAGAUCACGGCCAACACGCGACUUUUGGCUCUUCAGAGCGCUGGUGGAGGUUUGGUUCUUCCGUGGACUCAGGACGAGUCCAUGUUGGAUGUCGAGGGUGGCCUGGAGGCAGACGCUGUGUGCGAGGGGGUGGACCACAACAUACCUGAGGAGGACCGCGAUGCGCAGGCGCAGUUGUGGCAGCGGGAUGUUUGCGGGUCACGACCACCGCCUCCCGUUGAGGAUGUGUUUGGGGUUCGGGCCGCCACUUUGAGGCUGUACCCGAAAGACGACUCGAGUGCAGAUGAGCGCGCGGAGGCAAAUGAGGGUUUCCGCCCCCACGGCGCUGCUGCUGCCCGACGUGCAGAGGACGGCGAUGGCGCUUGGAGUGACCCUGAGGAGGUUUGCCGGUGGGGAGCGCAGAUCAGAGACGUAGGACGUGAGCGUCUGGAAGACGUCAACAGAGAGAUGGGCAUUGGAGAUGUGGCCGGCGAUGUUGCUUCUGGGUUGGGUGGGGCAUGGUUGCUAGGGAACAUUGGGACGCUUGGCGCUCUGCCUGGUAGUGGUCACGCAGAGCAGCUCGAUGAUGCCGAUCAUGAGGGGGCACCACACGAUGAGGCUGGUGGUGGGGACCAUGCUAUGGAAUCAGCGUCCAUGCGCAAUUUCAUGGUCGAGCUAGAGGCCACUCUGCCAUCCAUGACGGAGGGUGAGUCUAUUGUUGCGCGACAGGUCGACGAAGAGCAUGUUGGGCCUCGACCAUGGACAGUUCACAUGGAAGAGCCUACACUUGACACCGAGGAGGAGCGCAUGGCGAGAGAGGCGAGGGAGGAUGAGGAGGAGGCCACAAGGGCCAAGGCCCUAGCCGAUGCUGACCCGCGCACACUGGCCAUGGCACGUGACAUGGAGGCCAUGCUUCAGCUAGACACUGGCGGAGAAGGAGUGCGAGGCGAUGUAGCGGAGGAUGACCAGAUGGAGGGCUCAGUUGGUAGUGCACAUGCACAGACAUUGGAGUUUCGUGGGUUGAUUGUGGAGGCAGCUGCUCGCAUUUCACAUGCGGUUCAAGAGAGAGAGGGCGAGACACCAGCGCCCGAUAUCGACAGCGCACCCAUCGUCCCGCUACCACCAGACAAGGAGGCGGACGCCGUUGCAGUGGCCCACGACGGAGAGGCAUGCUGCGAGAUAGUGAUAGUGGAUAGUGCAGAUACGACUCAGUCGGGAGAUCUAGGAGCGGUACCAGGGGGAGACGUGGAGGAUGAGGAGGCAGUUUGGAGUCUAGCGGCGGUGGGGGGAGAUGUAGAGACAGGGGGGGACAUGGUUCGGGAGGGACAUGGAGAUGUGGGUGUGUCCUCAACCAUACCUGGUUCAUGUGACGAGGACGUAGCAGGAGUCAUGGCGCCACCGCCCAUUAGGCAUGAUGCAUCGACGGCCACACUUCGACCCUCCAGUCAGCGGUCGCGGCGUCGUCCACCGCGUUACGUAGAGCAACCACGAGGCAGUUUGAUGUUCAGCGCGAUGAGUGUCGAUGAGUUGGGCGCGUGCCUUGCGACGGAUCUCACAGGGACGAGACGUGGAGUGAGGAUCGACUCAAAGAAAGGCAAAGCAUUUCUACCACACGUGCAAUUUGUUUCAUGGGGCCUUGCUAGCCCGACACCGCCAUCAGACGCUUCAGUGGCAAUGGGUGUCAUGGGAGUUGGUGCGGCGCAGUCCCCUCCCAGUGUGGCACGAGAUCGCGGGGCACGACCGUCUGCGCCAACCUCAGCGGCGGGCAGGCCUCGAGAGCGGGGACAGGCGACAGCAGGGGACGUGGCUUCUUUACUCGGACGCACUGACAUUCCUUGGAGCAACACGAGGAGGUCGACGGCGAGUACCAAGAAGAGGCAGCCCGGGUUGGGGAGGCGACGCUCGUCCACAUCAUCGACGAGGGAGGUGCAUGCUGUUGUGUUUGAGCAUCGUGGCGGGUCGGGUGCUGAGGUUGAUGGUGCGGGCAGACGUGGAUCUGCAGCGCUCGGCGCACGAGUGUCGACUCACGGAUUGAGGGAGAUUUCACAGAUCCUCGAGGCAGAUGUGCUGCGGCCUCCCUGGCUGUGUUGUCGCCUGUACGGUCAGACAAUGUCGAAUUCAAAUGGCAAUUUCCUCAUGGAGUGCAAGCUGUGUGGUCAGGGGUUUCACGGGAGCCAAGCGAAAGCCGCAGCACGGCACUUCACGAUAAAAAACAAUUGCGCCAAAAUCUCUGUGGAGCAUAUGGCGGAGAUCUGGAACAAGACAAAGUACGGGUUCGAUCAAAGCCUUCACCAGAAGAUCGUGGACUUUUUGAAGUCUCGUGGGUUUGGAGACAACAGAUGUGGUUCGGGGAGGAAGCCGGCGGGGGAGGAGUUCAAGGACAGCGAGGAGGAGAGGAGGGCGGUCGAGGGUGGAGAUGAUGAUGGUGAGAGUGAUGCACAGGACAUGGAGGUGCGGCGAGAGGUAGAGCACGCCACGGGAAAGAUGAGGAGGGAGAAGGCCAUUGACGAGGAGAGAACCCCUGACGAGGAAGACGAUGACGACGAUGCAGACGGCGAUCGGACGACGGAGCCCGUUGAAGCGUACGUCGCAUACGUACGCACCUCUGCGUACGUACGGACCAGAGAGCACUUCACGAUCAAGAACAAUUGCGCCAAAAUCUCCGUGGAGCAUAUGGCGGAGAUCUGGAACAAGACAAAGUAUGGGUUCGAUCAAAGCCAUCACCGGAAGAUCGUGGACUUUUUGAAGUCUCGUGGGUUUCGAGACAAAAGAUGUGGUUCGGGUAGGGAGCCGGCGGGGGAGGAGUUCGAGGACAGCGAGGAGGAGAGGAGGGCGGUCGGGGGUGGAGAUGAUGAUGGUGAGAGUGAUGCACAGGACAUGGAGGUUCGGCGAGAGGUGGAGCGCGCCAGGGGAAAGAUGAGGAGGGAGAAGGCCGUUGACGAGGAGAGCACCCCUGACGAGGACGACGAUGACGACGAUGACGAUCAGGGAGCAGAUAUUGGGGCCUCUCUGGAUGGGGGGUUGUUGGCCGAUGGCCGUCGUGGCCAAGAGGGGGCAGCCAAGGCGAUGAAGGAGGCUGCGGGAUCGAAGAAGAGAAAGAGGAAGGCGAAGAGGACUGCCACUGAGGCGAGAUCAGCACCUUCUCAGCCAAAGAAGAGUAGAGUUCUUCGACAGACGUCUAUGCUGGAGACCUUCGAUCCGGUGUGGCAACGAGAUUUCUCCGACUCCUUCCUGCAAUGGUGGUACGUGAGCGGCAUCCCAUUCGAGGCGGCGAGGAGGCCAGAGUAUCAAACGAUGAGGAAUAAGUUGCUCGAGUGUCCGCCGUAUGCACAUCCUGCAUUACCCACGCAUCGUGUCAUUUCCUGCGACGACAUCCCUCAGCAGCAGCAAGUUGUGGCGGACAUGGUGGCGGCCAUCCGCAGGGACAUUGAGGCGACGAGAGCGACCAUCCUCACGGAUGGUCGCAAGUCCAUCACGAGUGACCAGAUAGUAAACUUCCUUGCUGCUGGGCCCACGGGCGCGUACCUUUUCAGGACUGUGCAGCGAGACGGUGCUGUUCAGGAGACAGCAGAGGCCGUCGUGAAGCGAUGGAAGGACGUGUUCGACAAGUUCGGUGUCGACAAGCUUGUGUUGUCAGACAUCGCGAAGGAUGGGCGUGACGGGAGCCUUGGGAAGAGGGAGGUCACCAUCAUCAAGGCUCGAGCUGUCGUGCAUUUCAUCAGAGAGCACGGGGCGGCUAUGAGCCUUUAUCGACGGUUCUCUACCGCCCACCCCUCUUCCGCCUCCGCGGCGGCGGGCAGUUCCAGCUCUGCGCCACCCCCAUCUCAGCGGCGAGGCAGGGAGCUUGUGUACCCUGUGCAGACGAGGUUUGCCACCCACUACUUGAUGCUGGAGAGGUUGCUGGAUCGUUGCAGAGCAUUGGAGGCGUUAAUGAUGAGCGACGAUUGGUCACGGAAUGCAUGGAGGAGAUCCAUUUUUCUCCAGGCCAGGUGGGUGCAUCAUCAGGUGCGGUACGUGCCAUUCUGGGAGCACGUGGAGGACAUCGUGGCGCUGAUGACGACUGUGAUGCAGUUGUUACGGUGUUUGGACAGGGGGGGGCGCGUGAUGACUCGCAUGUGGUCGUGGGGUUUUGUCAUGGUCAAUAGGGUGGCGAGAGCGAGCCUGAACAGGACGUCGAAGGACGAGCUCUACAUCGUUAUUUAGGCUUGUCAGGCGCGGGUCGCUCAUAUGUUGGAGCCCUCACAUUGCAUGGCCCACCUC